CAGGUCUUUGGAUGAAUGAGGCUUUAAAGGUCGGCAAAAAUUCUACAAACUCUCCAUCAAAGAGCUAAAGAUCCAAACUCGUAUUUCAAACACUUUUUCCCAUUUGUAAGAUGCAGAUGCCAACACCAAUCCGAGCUCCUACUUGGGUCUCAAGGCGAAGACAUUUCGAGCAGAAAUUAUGGGAUUUAGACAAAUGCAGAGACAUUAACCAACUGAAGCAAAUGCAAGCAAUUGUAUACAAAUCCAAUCUUCAACAAGACCCUUUCAUUGCUCCCAAACUAAUUACAGCUUUUUCUCUUUGUCGCCAAAUGGGUUCUGCUUUAAAAGUCUUUAGUCAAGUACCUUACCCUAAUGUGCAUUUGUACAAUGCUUUAAUCAGAGCUCAUAUUCACAACUUUAACUCAUCUCAAGCUUUUGCUACUUUCGUUGAUAUGCAGUGUGCUGGUAUUUUUCCUGAUAAUUUUACCUUUUCGUUUCUGUUAAAGGGCUGUUCGGGGAAGUGUUGGUUGAGUGUUGUGAGUAUGAUUCAUGCUCAUGUUGUGAAAUGGGGGUUUGAGGAUGAUAUUUAUGUGCCUAACUCUUUGAUUGAUGCAUAUUCUAAGUGUGGGAUAGUUGGUGUACGAACUGCAGGUCAGUUGUUUCGAGGUAUGAAGGAGAGAGAUGUUGUUUCUUGGAAUUCUAUGAUUAGUGCGUUGUUGAAAGUGGGUGAUUUGAGCGAAGCGCGAAAGCUGUUCGAUGAAAUGCCUCAAAGAGACAGGGUUAGUUGGAAUACUAUGUUAGAUGGAUAUACUAAGGCUGGGGAAAUGAUUGUGGCGUUUGAAUUGUUUAAAAAGAUGCCGUUGAGGGAUGUUGUCUCUUGGUCCACGAUGGUCUCGGGUUAUUGUAAAGUGGGGGAUUUGGAGAUGGCUCGGAUGUUGUUUGAUAAGAUGCCUUCCAAAAAUCUUGUCUCGUGGACAAUAAUGGUAUCAGGAUAUGCUGAAAAAGGCCUUGUAAAGGAGGCAAUUGGGUUGUAUAUGCGAAUGGAGGAGGCAGGUUUGAAGCUUGAUGUUGCGGCUAUUGUUAGCAUUCUAGCUGCCUGUGCAGAAUCGGGCAUGCUUAGUUUGGGUAAAAGAGUGCAUGAUUCCGUCGAGAGGAGUACGUACAAGUUUAGUACUCUGGUUUGUAAUGCCUUGAUUGAUAUGUAUGCCAAGUGCGGUUGCUUGCAUAAGGCUUAUAAUGUCUUUAAUGGGCUGAAAAAGAGAGAUUUGGUUUCUUGGAAUGCGAUGAUACAUGGGUUGGCUAUGCAUGGACGUGGAAAGAAGGCACUUGAGCUUUUCUUUAGGAUGAAGCAAGAAGGAUUUGUGCCUGAUAAAGUGACAUUAGUUGGUAUCUUGUGUGCGUGCAAUCAUACUGGUUUGGUGGAUGAGGGAAUAAUUUAUUUCUAUUCUAUGGAGAAAGAUUAUGGGGUAAUACCUGAAAUAGAACAUUAUGGUUGUCUUAUUGAUCUUUUAGGUCGUGGUGGCUAUAUUAAAGAAGCUUUUGAUCUUGCACGAAAAAUGCCACUUGAACCGAACAUUAAAAUUUGGGGUUCCCUUUUAGGGGCUUGCAGGAUGCAUAAAGCUGUUGAACUUGCAGAUGACGUGCUUAACCUCCUAGUUAAAUUAGAGCCGGCAAAUGCUGGAAAACUUUCUGCACUGUCAAAUAUUUAUGCUGUGGCAGGAGACUGGAAUAAUGUUGCUAACAUAAGGUUGAUGAUGAAGAGCAUUGGCAGGCCAAAGCAAUCUGGUGCUAGCUUAUUAGCAUUGAAUGAUGAAUACCAUGAGUUCACAGUGAUGGACAAAUCUCAUGUCAAAUCAGACAAGAUUUAUCAUAUGAUAGACGGAUUAAGUCAGCAUCUUAAAUUACUCCGUCCUGUUCCAGUGGGUUUUUGUGAUGAAUGAUUAGUUUCAUGAACAGAGAUGAGUCAUCUUAUAUCGGACCAGAUAUCUGAGAUUGAUGCAGUAAAUCAACACUUGUAAAUAUUUUCCCCAGAAAACUAUUAUGUAAUGGCACAAACUGCCAUGAUGAGUAUGAGUUCUGAGAUCAAUCUCUCACAAAGCAGCAACGGCACUUGAAAUAAAGGUGAGAUUUGUUGUACGUUCUUCUCUCCAAUAUCCUGCCCAAAUCAACAAGUUAGUACAUGAUACUGAAGAACACUUCUCAUUGUCAAUGUUGUGCAUAAUAUACCUAGCUUAGUGGAAAAUACGUUUUAGAUAAUGAUGAGUUGAGAACAAGCAUAGUUCUGUAGUCUGUUAUAAUGAAGCUGUACUUCAAAUACAGAUUUAGUCUUUGGAUAUCUCCAAUAUUUCAGGAAAAAGUUCAGCAAGUUAUUUAGUCCUCAACUUCUUAAUAGUUAAUCUGUUACUGUCUUAUCCCUGUGCUAGAUGUGCAAUGCCAGGGAAAAUUUACUGUAGUUAAAACGGAUCAAAUUUCCGUUGAAGCAGGAAGAUGCUCCAAAAACAGAGACAAUUAUGGUUGAUCUUGAUCUAAGUUAUUUGGACCAUGUUGCUGCUUAAUUCUCUCCUUUCACUGAUGUCUCAUGGAAAGAGUGAUAAAUGUCCAUCUGUAAUUAGCACCUGCUUAAAAUAGAGUUAGGGAACGGCGCCUACCAAAUGGAGAUUGGAGCUUCAUCUUUGAGAUGAUAUUGGGGAAUUAUGCUACUUCAAUAUUUGGCAAAUGAUCAUCAAGAGAAGAUUGUCCAUCCCAUGGGGAAGUCCUUUUGUAUAUGCAAUUAAGGUGAUAUGGCAAGAAAGAGCUGCUUUCCUCUUCUGGCAAAGGCAAAUCAAUCUGAAAAUAUCAGUCUUUCAAAUCAUUCAAUCAGCUAAGGAAUGCAACUGGUUAGGCUCGAGCUUAAGCCUUCGUGGUGUAUAUAUACCAAUGUCCUGUGGCAACCUCAUUAAGAUUAAAAAGACAGGAGCUCUUUGGGAAAACCUGGAAGAGCAGGUGCAACAGCUGUAAUAUGAUAUCAUUGUAGAAAAUCGUCUAGCUGAUAAAAAAGGUACUAGCUUCAAAAAGCAGCUGAAGAUAAGCUCACAUAGUGUUGGAAUCUCUUGCAACUAAUGUUCUUGCCUUCGCAGUUCUUAGCCCGGCCUUCAAAAGCUUCCAGCUUUUCAGUCUAUAAUAUUUGCACACUAGGAAAUGUUUUUUUUUUUCAAUUUGGCAAACUUCUGUGCUAUCUAUUAUCUGUGGUUUGCUUGGUUUGAGGGGCGAAAUAACUAGACAAGCCAUUUCAGCAGGAUUUGUGAUCCCAUGAUAAGGUACCCCCGUUUACAUACAAA